AUGAAGAUGGUGCGGGUGUUCUUGGAUACCACGAAGCCACACUUAAAGGCCUCUUCAAUGACAAAAGGACAACAAUGUUAUUAGGUACUAACUAAGCCCAACCUACAACCUACUAAUGGAGAUCAACGAUGCUGCAGCUUCUCUACCCCCAUAGAUAAUUUGUAUAUGUCCCUCUCUCUGUUGUUCUGUCUGUCUCUCUCCCUCUCUCUGUCUCUCUGUCGUUAUGUCUGUCUGUUUCUCUCUGUUUCUGUCUCUCGCUGUCUCUAUCUCUCUCUGUCUCUGUCUCUGUCAUUCUGUCUGUCUGUUUCUCUGUUGUUCUGUCUGUCUCUCUCCCUCUCUCUGUCUCUCUGUCGUUAUGUCUGUCUGUUUCUCUCUGUCUCUCUCUGUGUCAUUCUGUCUGUCUGUCUGUUGUUCUGUCUGUCUCUCUCCCUCUCUCUGUCUCUCUGUUGUUACAGUGGGGAAAAAAAGUAUUUAGUCGGCCACCAAUUGUGCAAGUUCUCCCACUUAAAAAGAUGAGAGAGGCCUGUAAUUUUCAUCAUAGGUACACGUCAACUAUGACAGACAAAAUUAGAAAAAAAAAUCCAGAAAAUCACAUUGUAGGAUUUUUAAUGAAUUUAUUUGCAAAUUAUGGUGGAAAAUAAGUAUUUGGUCAAUAACACAAGUUUCUCAAUACUUUGUUAUAUACCCUUUGUUGGCAAUGACACAGGUCAAACGUUUUCUGUAAGUCUUCACAAGGUUUUCACACACUGUUGCUGGUAUUUUGGCCCAUUCCUCCAUGCAGAUCUCCUCUAGAGCAGUGAUGUUUUGGGGCUGUCGCUGGGCAACACAGACUUUCAACUCCCUCCAAAUAUUUUCUAUGGGGUUGAGAUCUGGAGACUGGCUAGGCCACUCCAGGACCUUGAAAUGCUUCUUACGAAGCCACUCCUUCGUUGCCCGGGCGGUGUGUUUGGGAUCAUUGUCAUGCUGAAAGACCCAGCCACGUUUCAUCUUCAAUGCCCUUGCUGAUGGAAGGAGGUUUUCACUCAAAAUCUCACAAUACAUGGCCCCAUUCAUUCUUUCCUUUACACGGAUCAGUCGUCCUGGUCCCUUUGCAGAAAAACAGCCCCAAAGCAUGAUGUUUCCACCCCCAUGCUUCACAGUAGGUAUGGUGUUCUUUGGAUGCAACUCAGCAUUCUUUGUCCUCCAAACACGACGAGUUGAGUUUUUCCCCAGAUGCUUCAGGGGAACCUGGAGAGGGAGUGUUAUGAGGAGUCCUGCAACUACGAGGAGGCCAGGGAGUACUUUGAAGACACACCCAAAACUGUGAGCAGUUUAGGCCUAUAGGGUGCAUCUCAAUAGUCUAAAAUGUAUUCCUUUCCUUCAACUGCACUGAUCUGACAACAUAGGCUAUCCCCUUAUCCAUAACUAAUGCAGUAGUUUUCUGAUUUAAACCCUGUGUCCGUUGUCUCUCUCUCUGUUAUACCUCAAUAGGACACUUUCUGGAAUGUCUAUGUCGGUAAGUCUCGUUCUUUUGAAUCGCAGCAGAGGGGUGUUGGGUUUUCUCCCGAGUCCAGAUAUUGAAUCCUUUCCUCCCCCUCUUCUUCUUCCUCCUCCUCCCCAGAUGGGGACCAGUGCAAACCCAAUCCCUGUCUCCAUGGCGGCAGCUGCAAGGACGGCGUUGGAGGUUACACCUGUAGCUGCACAGAGCUGUACCACGGCAAGAACUGUGAAAUAGGUCAACAGAACACCUACCUUAGAACUCUUUAUGAGUGUGUGUGCGUGCAUGCGUGUGUUCAUAGUUGUGUGAGUAGGCUAAGAGAUAUGUUUGUGUGUCACAACAGAUAACUCUCAGUGCCCCACCAAGGGGCCCUUUUCCUGUGACCACUUCUGCAGUCCCAAGUUUGGAGCAUACCAGUGCUCCUGCACCACGGGGUACAAGAUUCACAGUGAUAAGAGGAGCUGCAUACCUGCAGGUUAACGUCUACCUAUUCUUUUGAAUUAGACAUCUGCAACACUCCCGCUCUCACACACACUUUAUAUAGAGACGUCUCUGUUUCCUUAGUUAAGCACCCCUGUGGAAGACUCCAGCCAACAAACCAAAUAAACAUAGCCUAUCACGUCUGUCCACACAACCGCUGUCCAUGGCAAGUAAGUCCCUCCCCUACCAGCACAACGUAGAGCAAGGUGAGUUAAAGGGGAAGUUUGGGACCAUGGAUUACAGUUUCUCCUGGCCUAUAGACUACUUUCAAGGUGAGGAACAUUAAGUUGUGAAAUAUUGAACUUCCCCUUUUAACCUGUGGCUUUGUGAUUGGCAGGUGGUGUUUGUGGAUGAGGCUGGUGCGGAGCUGUGUAGCGGGGUGAUCCUAGGGCCUCACGCAGUCCUGACAUCAGCUAGCUGCCUGUACAUGGGAAAGAAACUCCACAGCAUGCAGACAGGUGAGUCCCACAGCGAUCAAAACACUGAGGUUUGAUAUGGUUAGUGUAUAAACCUCCAGCUCAGGCAGAUUCAAAUCUUUCUGAAAUCUAACAGUUUCCUUCAUCCCCUAAGGUGCCUCAAAUAAUAGUGUGAGGAUCCCUCUAUCGACCCAACUGUACAUUCACAACCGCCACAAGAGGGGCAGUCUGGAGGACGACCUGGCCUUGGUGAGACUAAAUGAGCCCCUCCCCUUCGGCCCCUCUGUCUCCCACCUGUGCCUGCCCACUAAGGAUUUCUGUGAGAAUGUGUUGAUGAGUCCAGGAAGGGAGGGGGUGGCCAGGGGUCCGGACAAACUCCGGGGGGAAUCCCACGGCCACCCUGUUCUCUCCUACCUGCAUGUGGAGGGCUGUCGAAACCAGGUGAACUUCUCCCAGCUGCUCAGUAACAAGAUGUUCUGUAUGGGUCGCCAGAAGGGCUUCUGUCGGACUGAGUUGACUAGGUUUAAUGAGACAGACCUCAAACCAGGACUAACGAGGAACCGCAGCCUCUUGUCCGGGACCCCCGUUGUGACUGUGGAGAGGCAUACAGCGUUCCUCACAGGCCUGCUCCUUUCACCACCCACAUCACAUGACUGUGGACAAACCCUGGUGUUCACAAAGCUGUCUCGCUACUUGCACUGGAUCCAGCAGCACCUGGACAUGACAGAGGUGAGGAUGACACCACAAAUUACCCAAGAUCCACCUGGACCUUAUGGGGUAACCCCAACCUAGGGUUAGCCUGAUCCCUACCUGCACUGGACUUAAAGCCAACAGGGCUGCGUUCAAGAUUGAAGUUGUUUCUGCAAGGUUAACAAUGUAAAUGAGUGUAGUUAUAUUGUAACGUGUACUAUAAUUAUAUACAAUUAUUAAUCUCCCACACUUCCUUAAUAAACAAAAAUGUUGUACAAGGAGUACAAACAAUCACUUUUAUUCCAAAUCACAAAAUAUGACAAAAUAAAAUGCAACCUAAAUAAUAAGGAAAUAUAUUUCUGGGAACAUUUUCUGGGUGAAGGGGAUUCUGGGAUACGUAGAUUAGGAAGAUGAUGACAGCAGGGGGAAUGGAUUGGCCUUGCUGACGACCAGUUUCUGGUGCUGGUGAGAGAUGUAGCCCUUGAUGUGACCCUAGAAGAGGAACAAGAAGAGAGGUAAUCUGCUGCUUCAUGUCUUACGACUUUCUGAAAUAUCAGGUGUAGUGCUUAGUAUGGUCAGAGAAAAAGGUCAGUGUGUGUGUGUGUGUUAGUGGUGGUAUCUCACCUCACAGAUUAGGUUGGCCAGGAUACACUGCACCUCGUCAAUGUCCACCUCUUCCACCUGCAUCAUUUUUAGAGCUACCAGGAAGGCAUCUAGGGGUAACUGGUGAGUCUUCAGCAGCUGGUACCUUACACAAACAUGUUAACAAAGAGUCAAUUUCGCUCUUAGGUUAACACACAUGAAGUUCAUACCACAAACAUGUUAACAAAGAGUCAAUAUCGCUCAUAGGUUAACACACAUGAAGUUCAUACCACAAACAC